GAAUGGAAGUUACAUAGACAACAGAUGCAGUCGACAGUUUGCAAAAGUAAACAAAAACAACACAAGUGCACCGCUAGGCAAAUUCCCAAAAUUACUCAAUUUUUCUUUGAUGACGUGCCCGUAUUUGUGGUGCUGAAGGAAGUUGAAAAUAUCAGGAAGUAGUCUGUGUGAAGAAUGAAGCGAAAUAUCCUUGUAACUGGUGGCACUGGGCUGGUUGGGAAAGCCAUUGAGAGCAUCGUAAAAGGAAAGGAUUCUGAGGAUAAUUUCCUGUUUCUGAGUUCCAAAUGCUGCGAUUUAACGAGCCUCAGCGACACUCGGAGGUUGUUUGAUGAAUUCAGGCCAACCCACGUCAUCCACUUGGCUGCAAUGGUUGGUGGGCUUUUCCACAAUAUGAAUAACAAUUUGGAUUUUCUGAGAAAGAAUAUGCAGAUAAACGACAAUGUCCUGGCGCUUUGUCACGAAUUCAACGUUAAGAAGGUAGUGUCAUGCCUCUCAACGUGCAUCUUCCCGGACAAAACAACGUACCCCAUUGAUGAGACAAUGGUGCACAAUGGGCCACCGCAUGAUUCCAAUUACGGCUACAGCUACGCCAAGAGGUUGAUUGAUAUUACCAAUCGUGCGUAUCACGACCAAUUUGGGCACACCUUCACCUCCGUCAUACCCUGCAAUGUCUUUGGUCCGCAUGAUAAUUUCAAGCCGGGCGUAAGUCACGUUAUUCCGGGAAUGAUUCAUCGCCUCUAUGAAGUAAUCCGAAAUCCCGACAUUCCGGAAGAGGAGAAAAUCUUCACUGUCUUUGGCACAGGGAAGCCAUUAAGGCAAUUUAUCUACUCCUUGGACCUCGCACGACUCUUUCUAUGGACACUGGAUCACUACGAAAGCGUUGACCCACUCAUCUUAUCCGUAGACGAGGAGGAUGAGGUCUCCAUAAGUGAUGUAGCCAAAUCCAUUGCGAAAGCUUUUGAUUUUCGGGGAAAAAUUGAAUUUGACACAACAAAAGCGGAUGGGCAGUUCAAGAAAACAGCUUCAAACAGGAAAUUAAGAGGGCUGCUGCCUGAUUUCCAAUUUACCCCAUUUGAUGAAGCUAUUCAGGCCUCCGUAACGUGGUACAGGGAAAACUAUGAAAAUGCAAGAAAAUGAGAACCCAUACACAACCUUUACUUUGAGAGUAAAAUAUAUAACAUUAUAUAGCAGAAAUAUUAUAUAAAGAGAGUUAAGAGAAUUGAAUAAAAUCACUGAACUUCCUGA